AUGGCAGGCUAUAGGUUGGUUGACGUCGCCAAGCCAUUUCUUCCCAUCUUGCCGGAAGUUGAAGUAUCCUACGAAAAGGUUUCGUUUGAUGAUAAGGUAGUUUACACCAUUAUAUCCGGUUUAAUUUACCUGUUCGGACAAUUUCCAUUAGCAGGUAUUUCCAAGGAUGAGUCAAACGUCAAAGAUCCAAUCUUCUUUUUGCGUGGUGUCUUUGGUGCUGAACCUAAAAGUUUAUUGGAGUUUGGCAUUUUCCCCAUUAUUUCUAGUGGUCUUAUCCUGCAAUUGCUUGCUGGUUUGAAAGUUAUCUCUGUGAACUUCAAACUACAGCAAGACAGAGAAUUGUUUCAGACUCUAACCAAGUUGUUUGCCCUUUUGCAAUACUUUGUAUUGACCAAUAUCUUUAUUCUAUCCGGAUAUUAUGGGGAAAAUUUAACUGUUGUUCAAAUUGGUGUCUUAAACUUACAAUUAGUUGGUGCUGGAUUUAUUGCUAUUCUGUUAACUGAAGUUGUCGACAAAGGAUUUGGUUUUGCUUCCGGUACAAUGACUAUUAACACAAUGGUCAUUGCUACAAGUUUAGUCGCUGACACAUUUGGCGUCUCUCAGAUCACUGUCGAUGCUGAAGGCCACAAGGAAGCUCAAGGUGCAAUCAUCAACUUGGUGCAAGGUAUGAGAUCGAAGCACAGAACCUUUUUGGGCGGCAUUGUUUCCGCAUUCAACAGGGACUAUCUGCCUAACUUGAGUACAACUUUGAUUGUUCUUGCCAUUGGGGCCACUGUCUGUUACCUGCAAAGUUUCCGUUUGGAUCUACCAAUUAGAUCCACCAAGGCUCGUGGGGUGAACAAUGUGUAUCCAAUUCGUCUGUUGCACGUUGGUGCCCUUUCUGUUUCCUUCUCUUACGUUUUGCUCACGUACAUUCACAUCUUUGCUUUUGCUCUAAUCCAUUUGGUCGCCAAGAACAACUCUCAAAGCAUCAUUUGCAAGGUUUUAGGUCACUACGAAACCGUGAACAACAUACUGUACACCCCAACUUUCCCUCUAUCGCUAUUGACUCCACCAAGGUCGCUACUCAGCGGAUUGUUUGAGCAACCUUUGACAUUUGUCGUGUAUACCGGUUUCAUGCUGAUCACUGGUGUUUGGUUUGCUAACCACUGGCAAGCUAUGUCCGGUUCUUCUGCUCGCGAUAUCGCUGUUCAAUUCAAAGAACAGGGUAUCACUUUGACCGGUCGUAGAGAACAAAGUGUUGCUAAGGAAUUGGAGAAAGUCAUUCCCGUGGCUUCUACCACUGGCGCUGCCUUACUAGCUCUUGUAACCGUGAUAGGUGAAGUGCUGGGCUUGAAAGGUAAAGCGGCUGCUAUUGUAGUCGGUGUCGCCACAGGAUUCUCUCUAUUGGAGCUGAUCUCCAUGGACUACCAACAAACUGGUGGUCAAAGUGCCCUUGCUCAAGUGCUAGGUGCUCCAGGACGCUUUUAA